AUGGGCUGGCUACCUUGGUCUUCCGGCGAUUCAAACAAGAACGAAGCCUCCGACGGCGGCCGCAUUGCCCGGACCGAACGAGUCGCGCGCGCUGCUGGGAGGGCCAACGAUAUCCUGGACGGUAUUAAAGAUGAUAAGAAGGCGCGACAGAAGUGCGCGAGCGAAGUUGCGGAGUUUGAGGCAGCAUGUUCACAGAGCUGGGUGAAAUACUUCAAGGAAAAGCGUGUUAUGGAGUUCAACCGGGACAAGACGAUUGAGCGCAUUCAAAAGGAGGAUGCAGCCAAGGUGAAGGAGUUGAAGGAGAAAGGUUGGAAUUCGAAAUAAGAAGACAGGGGGACUUCGUCGGCGGUUUUUGUACAAUAUGUAGCAUAUCCUCUCUUAUCACGU